AUGAUGUGCCUGCUCCAGUUCAAACAGAUGUGCCUGCUCCAGUUCAAACAGAAUCAACUGCAAAUAAGAAAGAGAAAGAGUCCUAUCAAAUCCAACUUAGAAGGGAAUGAUCUGCAGAGCAUAAGAAAGAGUCCUAGACUGAAGGAGAAAGCCCAAAGAGUUGGAGUCUCUGGGAAAAGGCCACAAAAGGAUAAAAGCAUCAAAGCUGGAGGAUCCUCACAAGAGCCAACAAAGGGAAAAGACAACAAAAUUGGAGAAUCUUCACAAAAUCCAGUGAAGGGAAAAGGAAAAGAAAUGGUCAAUGCUGGAAAUGAGGGUGUGAAAGCUAAGCUGCCAGUGAAGAGGAGCUUGAGGCUACAAGGUGUUGUUGGUGAAAAGCCACAAGCUCUUACACAACCUGUUAGGCCACCAAGAAGCAGCAACAUGCUUGAUGCUCGAGAAAGUGAAACCCUAACCCACACUCCCGUCACCACCGCGUGCACUGCGGGCCCGCAGCUCCGCCUGAUCCUCACCUCCCGGCGACCACUGGUCACAGCACGGGCGCUCGGAUUUCCGGCUAACUUCGGUCCUCGUGGAAAUCGCCACUUCCCACCGCCGAACGCGGCGAACUCGCUCCGUAGCAUCUCCCUCUUGUGCGUCAAGCUUCAUGUAAUUAGACUUGAAGGUGACACAGAGAGAGUGAUUUGGAGUGAUGAAGAUUAUGGAAAUCCUGAACUGAUGUCCUCGGCCGAUGAGCGCGUUUUGAAAUCUGUUAAACUGGAGCAAGAUUUUGGCAGAAGCCAUUUGCAGCAAAAUGAGGGCACCAACUUCAGUUCUGCUCAUCAUGAAGAAUCGAAUUCCAUUGGUAGAAGAAAUGGUUCUGCAACUGUGUUGGAUAAUGAACAGACUCCAGCCGGUGAUUCGAGUUUUGCCUCAACGUCGUCAAUACGUCCAGCCCCUAUUUGUCGGCAGUUCUGGAAGGCUGGAAACUAUGACGACAAACUUAAUUUGAAGCCAUCAUCUCAAAAUGGCACUGGUUAUCUUCGGAUUCAUCCCAAAUUUCUUCAUUCUAAUGCUACUUCACAUAAAUGGGCCUUUGGUGCCAUGGCAGAACUGCUCGAUAAUUCAGUGGAUGAGAUAAAAAAUGGGGCGACUUUUGUCAUGGUGGAUAAAACUUCAAAUCCUAGGGAUGGAAUUCCUGCUUUGUUAGUACAAGAUGAUGGUGGUGGUAUGGAUCCUGAAGCAAUGCGGCGUUGCCUUAGUUUUGGGUUUUCAGAUAAGAAGUCGAAAGAUGCUAUCGGACAGUAUGGAAACGGGUUUAAGACGAGCUCUAUGAGACUUGGGGCUGAUGUUAUUGUCUUCAGCCGUUGCAAAAGUUCCAGGAGAUUGACCCAAAGCGUUGGUAGUAGCACAUGGAAAACAUUACACAGUGAAGAACAACAUAAGAAUAAUCUUUCUAUUUUGUUGAAGUGGGCUCCAGUCACCACAGAAGCCGAACUUCUGAAGCAUUGUGAUGACAUAGGCCCCCAUGGUACCAAGAUAAUUGUUUACAAUUUGUGGCAAAACGAUGAAGGAAAAAUGGAACUUGAUUUUGAGACAGAUACGGAGGAUAUUCGUUUAUCUGGUAAAGGUCACACUACUACUGCAAAAGGUGUUCCUCGGAAGGACCCAAAUGAAAAUCAUCUUGCUAACCGUCUUCACUAUUCACUACGUGCAUAUUUAUCAAUUUUAUACUUACGAGCUCCAGAGAACUUCUGCAUAUUAUUGCGUGGACGAGCUGUUGAGUAUCAUAACAUUGCAAAUGAUCUCAAAUAUCCUGAAUUUAUAUUGUACCGACCUCAGAACGUAGAGGGUUCGGUCCUGACAACAAUUGGCUUUCUGAAGGAAGCUCCAGCAGUUAAUAUUCAUGGCUUUAAUGUCUACCACAAAAAUAGAUUGAUACUGCCCUUUUGGCAUGUCGUAACGUAUUCUGACAGCCGAGGCAGAGGUGUUGUGGGCGUUUUAGAAGCAAAUUUUAUUGAGCCUACCCACAACAAACAGGAGUUUGAGAAGACUUCAGUUUUCCAAAAGCUCGAAACCCGCCUGAAAGAAAUGACGCAAGAAUACUGGGAUUAUCAUUGUGGACUCCUUGGGUAUCAAGUCAAGAAAGCACCUCGACCGGGCAUGAUGCCUAAAGCGGCCUCCAGUUCUGGGCUUAGCCACAGUAUAUAUAAACCAGUUGUGCUGGGCAAAGAUACAGGCACAAAACCAUCUUUUGCAGCCGGAGCUAAAAUGCGUGAAAUAGAUGUCCCAUCCAAUCCCAUGGGGACAAAAUCUGGGAGGUCCUUACCAUCUGGUCAUCAAAAUUCUCUCGGAGCAGCUUUCAAGAGGAAAGGACAUGACCAUGUUGUGGUGCCUGGAAGGGUGAAGAGGGUAGGAGUCAUUGGCUCCAGCAAAUCUAACUCUGUUUCUGGUGGAAAUUUGAAUGACCAAGAAGCUGCUAGCAUAAUUGAAGAAAAUCGAAGUCUCCGUGCCCAGUGUCAUGAGUUUGAGAAGUCGAACGAAGAACUCGAUCUGAAGUUGUCGCGUCUCACGGAACAAGUACGAGAAGCACAGCGCGAGUAUGCCCGAGUGCUGCUAGAAUCGAAAUUAUUGGAGAGAGUUACGAGGGAAAUUAAACAAUCAAGACCUGGUGUCUAG